AUGUCAGUACGGAUUGAUCAACUGAUGCGCGACUGCAGUGCUGACUUUGAGGCUCUGGUUGAGCAACUCGAGAAGGACGCAAUCUCCGAUUUCUUCAAGGGCACCGAGUUGAAACACUUCAAAAACGAACAGAGUCGGCUUAUUCGAUGGUCGCAAAAGGUUGGAGCUCAGUAUCCAGGAGAGAAAUCUUUGGAGCAGCGACUACAGAAUGCUCAGCAUGUCAAACUACAGACGAUUCGUCUUUUGAGCAACAUCCAAAGGUUAAUACAGGACGCUAUCUCGAUUACAACGGGAGAAAAGGUUCCUUGGGACAGAAUUGAUGACGAUGAGGAGACGACAUCAGAUGAUGAGAACCAUUCCCAGGAUCGUUUGCCAGAAACGGAGAUGGAACAAAUUCUGGCUCAUAUAAAAGAGCUCAUUGACAACCUCUCAUAUCUCGGUGGGCCGAUUGGAAACGCAGCACCAGGUAAUACAACGAUGGGCAUUCCCGAGGAUGAGAGCACUCCCUCUGAACCCUUUGAUAUCCAGCAUGUUCGUUCAAAGCAUCCCAUGUUAGAUCAAGCGAUAGCAGAACGUCUUGGGAAGGCCAUAUCUAUCAGGCGAAAGCUCUUCAAGGACAGAAAAGACGGCCAAGACCAAGGCCAAGAGCUAAUGACACUCGACUCUGACCGUGUGUCAGCAUCACCAACGCUCGAAAGUCUCACAAGUCAACUUGAACUUGCAAACCUGGCACAUAUGACUGAAGAGUAUCCCGAAACAAGAAGGGAGAUUUCGCCUGGGACCUCGUGUUCAUCCUCGCAAAUUUUACUAAUACCAGACCGAAUACCUGACCUUCCAAACGGAGCCAUUGAGGGGAACCCAUUUCGAUGUGUGGGCUGUGAUGAAAUGAUACAAGUGGCAUCAAAAGUUGCAUGGAAAAAGCAUUUCUAUCAGGACCUGCGACCAUAUCUUUGCUUGGAAGAGGACUGCUCCACGCCUCAUUAUCGGUAUGCUCGUCGCAGAGAUUGGAUGAGCCAUCUUCUCCGGGAACAUUGGACGAUCUAUAUUUGCCCUUUUGGAUGCGACCUGAGAUUCACGUCAAGAAAUGAGUGUAGAGAACAUCUUCGGGACCAACAUAGCUAUGAUAUGGCUCCGGCCGAAAUUGAGGACUUGGUUCAGCUUAGCACCUUCAAUGAGACCGAAAUACCGAGGAAUUUAUACUGCGCCCUUUGCAAGAUGAGACUAGAAGACGUCGAAGAGUUUCGGAGUCACGUUGACGAACACCAAAGAGAGCUGGCCCUCUUCGCAAUGCCACGACGCAGUCGGAGGAAGUACCCAAAGCCGCAUAUGCCAAGGAGGACUGACUUUAACUCAGAACAUAGUCCCCGAAAUAGGUGGUAG